AAAAAAAUUAACGGGGAUAGGGAACAUAAUAGUCAUUCGUUUAUAGCUGGAUUAAUUGGUGGAUAUAUUAUUUUCGGUGAAAAUAAUAAUAUUAAUCAACAGAUUGUACUUUAUGUCUUUGCAAGAAUCAUGACCGGAUUAGCCAAAUUACCAGUAAAACGCAAAACGAUUAGUGAACCAAAACACACCUUUUCAGCAUUUGCAGCUGUAGUGUGGGGUGUUGUCAUGUGGCUCUUUCGUCAUGAUCGUGAUGUGCUACAACCAUCUUUACAAGCAUCAAUGCAAUAUUUAUAUUUAGAUUCCGAUCAAUG